CGGGACCUUUGUGGCUGGGCUGAGGCGUACUAAGAUCUUAUUGGCUGGAGUGCUGCCUCAGGAUCCAAUCAGAACAAGGGAGGUGGAGCUAAACUAUGAUUCCACAGAAGAGGAAACCAGUUCCUGAACCAGACGCGCAACCUUUUUCCCCCCAGUUCUCCUGUCGCGCUACAGGUUUUGGCUUUACCAAGAUGAAAAAGGUGGUUUUGGUGACCGGAGCGAACAGUGGCAUCGGCCUCGCGCUGUGCGAGCGUCUCCUCUCACACGACACGGAGGGCCUGCUACUCUGCUUGGCCUGCAGGAACGUGCAGCGAGCUCAGGCGGCGCGCGCUGCCCUGCUGGCCUCUCACCCUGCAGCCCAGGUGGACCUGCUGCAGAUGGACACCAGCAGCGUCUCCUCUGUUCUCAGAACGGCGCAGGAAGUCAAAGUCAGGUACAAUCGGCUGGACUACCUCUACCUAAAUGCCGGCAUCAUGCCAAACCCAGAAUUUGACGCAAAGGCCUUUUUUAGAGGCCUCUUCUCCAGUAAGGUGAUCACUAUGUUUGCCACCGGUGACGGGAUUCUGACUCAGAAAGAUGGUGUCACUCCUGACGGCUUGCAGCAAGUUUUUGCCACCAACCUCUUUGGUCACUUCCUUCUCAUUAGGGAACUAGAGCCGGUUCUGUGCCAAGAAGGUCGAACCUCGCAGCUGGUUUGGACCUCCUCUAGUAACGCUAACCGUUCCGCCUUCAGUCUCGAAGACAUACAGCACCGGAGAGGAACUCAGCCUUACAGCUCCUCCAAAUACGCCACAGACCUGCUCAGCCUGUCUCUCAAUCAGCACUACAACAAGCAGGGUUUGUACUCAUCUGUCGUCUCGCCUGGAUUUGUGAUGACAAACCUGACCUUUGGCAUUCUCCCGUCGUUUCCGGCCUUUCUGUGGACACUGCUCAUGCCUGUCUUUUGGCUGAUCAGGGUGUUUACCAACACUUUUACCCUGACACCUUAUAAUGGAUCUGAGGCUUUGCUUUGGCUAUUUAGGCAAAAGCCUGAAUCUCUGGAUCCUUAUGCUAAAUACCACAGCUUAACAUCAGGGCUUGGAAACAACUACACCCAACCCCAUAAGAUGGACAUUACUUUUGAGACAUCAGAGUCGUUAUAUAUCAAAUUACUUCAACUUGAAAGUGACACAAGGAAGAAACUGGCAGAAACACAAUCUGCAGGCCCCUCACUGAAGACCUGAAGGAGCUGAAUGAUCCACAUUCCACACUGAAAGAGAGAAGAUGCUAUUUUUUUUCCACCAGCAGCUUGCAGGAAAAUUUACACCCGUUGAACUUAUCUGCAUUUUCUAUGCAACCUCAAAAUUUAAUGUAUAUUUUAUUGGGGGUUUUAUAUACGAGACAAAAGCGUUGGAUAAUUGCGAAGUGGGGGGAGGAGAGGAUCUGUGAUUAUCGAAACAACUAAACAAUUCAGAAAUGUGGCUAACAUUUCUAUUUAGCCACAGGUAUUUUUUGGGUACAACUACUCUUAAAUUUUUACUCACUCUGUUUUGUAAAAUAGCUCAACGUCAGGCACAUUCAAGAAAACUCAUCCAGUUGGUCAUGAAUUUAAUGCAAAUUAUUCAACCCAAAACAUUUUAGUGUAGCUUUUGCAGUAUGUCAACAGGGUCGUGCAUUUUCUGAAAUAUGGAGCAAAUGAUAAGAAAACAAUAACAUAAGAAUAUUACCGAUUUUCUAAGAAGUUGGCGUCCAGUCAUCACAUUGCAAUCCAGGAGGGACUGUUUGUAAUCUGGUUAUCAAUCCCCAAAUUAUCCAGACAAAACGCAGCGCUGUCCGACAGCAGACUUUCAUCGUCGUCAUCAUCAUCGUCGUCGUCGUCAUCGUCAUCAUCUUCCCAGAAGUUGACAUAUGUGCUCUGGGUGAGUGUCUCCGCGGUGUACGGCGGCGCGGCCACUUGCAGAAGCCCAGCGGCGCACCUGACGUCCCGCUGUGGGGAACCUGGUGCGCACAUCCAGCGGCGCUGCCUCGGCUCCCCGGCUUGGUUUCCAGCGGCGCACUCUCCCUCCUCCGCUUCGCUCAAUUUGGGGUUGCAAAACGCCCACACCAUUCCGCAGAAGUAGACGAAAAAUGUACCCAUGACCAUGACCAUGAGCGCAUAGGACUCUAUCAUAGCUUUAGUAACUGGAGACGUCAUGUUUCUUUAUGGAGAGCAGGAGCAUUGAUUGUGCUCAGAAGCGGCUGAGCGGGUCAUCACCGUGAUCAUGAAUAAAGGGGGCCGGGCCUUAUAAACAAGAGAAAAUCUGCUUUCAAAGUAAACUAUUGCAAAUAAAAACAAUUUAAAAAAACAAAAAAAGGGAGAACAUAAUUAAAAUGUUACUGAAUAGGCCCACCAAUUUUUGAAGUGAGUACUUUUGUUCAGUGGGGGAAAUUUUCGCGGGGUUGUAAAUCCUCUUACGUCACUGUAUGACUUUAUGUGACACAGUCCAAUUUCACACAGCCACUGAUCAAUGCUGGAAAGUCAAGAGAACAUGCCGUUCAAUGUGUGCCGAUCUUAAAAUGGAGACAUGGGAAAGCUGCCUCCUUCAUGUUGAUCCAACCUACAAUCAGAGUAAUAAUUAAAAAGCUUUAAACUGUUUAUCUUCACAAAGGGGAAAUAUGAUCAUAAUGGAGGUCUUUACAGAGAAGUGCAGAAAAGAUGGACAGACUUUGUCUCUGCUCGUUUGCAUAAUUGGAACCAGUUGUUUGAAAGCGAUGCAAGAGAAGUUUUGUUUUUUUUGUCACACCAUCACAAAUUUAAAGGUGUGGAGUUUGUUCAUCUGAGACUUUGACUAGAACCUUGUGCUUUGGUCAGAUGAAACUAUAAGAUUUAACUUUUUGACCACAAACACUCCAAAUGGUUUUACUGCACCGUGGAGAACGUGGGAUGCUGUGGUGCCUGAUGGGUCACCACUGGGUCCUUUAGUAGAAUUAUUAACCAAACAUAAAUCAACAGAAUUUACUCACUAGAUCACCUUACCAGAACUUAAUCCAGUAGAAAAGCUUGACCUCUUUUUUUCAAUGUAUUCUGUAACCUUAUCAAAUGUUAGGAGAAAAUAUAUUUGAAAAUGGGGUACCAACAGUUGUAGUCCUUGUGGUGUUGUUAAAAAUUUUUUAUUUCUAAAUGUGGUACUUUAGAUUUAAAUUUUUUUUCCCCCUGUAAGUUUUACUGUUGUGGGAGAUGCAGUUUCAAAAUAAAUAAAAGACUGAA